AUGAUUAAUAAAACUACACAGUUAGAGGAAACUGAACUUAAACAAGGAGCUUAAUAAAAACACAGUUGGUUGUCACGUGGAUACAGUUGUACAGAUUUGUUGUUGUCUGAACACAGAGAGGUGAUUACUAACUUUAAAUACAUUAAAUAUAUAUUUAUACCAACCAUAAUAGUAUGAAAAAUGGGGUUUGAUUUCAUGAAAAUCUUCAGGUUUAUAACUGUGUGACUUCAGUCCUACCAUAUGCUUCCUGCAGUUUUACUCGAUUUCAUAAAGUGAUUUUUACCUUUGUGACGUUAAGAAAAAUCACCACGAUUUCCAACAUCUGAAUCAUUUGCAUUGGGUCAAACUAUACUUACUUAUCUCCUUGGCAGGCUUUGGGAGAGACAACCGGGACAAAUAUGAGGGUCACAUGACUGACAGGGGUAGGCAAAAUGCCAGACUACUCCUCUUCCCAGGUUCUCAAAUUAAACUCAUACAUAAACUUAACCUUCCUUUUCUUAUACAUUAAACAUUACGCCUUCCUUAUCAAAAAUAUUAAAUAACGGAUUAACUUUCAAACUCAACUUGUAAACCAACACAGACGAGAACUCCUAAAAGUGCUCAGAAAAAGGGAAAGUUUGAACAUCUGCAGUUCUAUGACAUCUGCUGAUGAAGACUGUGUGAAAGGUCAAAAAGCUCCGGAACAAGGUAGUAAGUGGAGCUUGAGUGGAGAUUGUUUUGUCAAAAAUUAAAAUGAUCCUUUCAAGCGGCGUACACUCUUAAAACCACACACACUGUCAGCAGGUAUGACAGUGAUACUCCACAGCCUGAUGUUAAUGUCAAUACAGCCUUCAGCUACAUUCAUUCAUGAUGCAAAGCACGACGGCAGCAUGUGGUUCAUCUUCAGAUUCAUCAACACUACACUUAGUUGCCAGUUUAUUAGGUACACCUACCUAAAACUAAAGCAGGCUAAUACGUCAGUCCUGCAAAGAAGUACAUUUACAUCAGUGACGGUCGGCUAAAUAACAGAAACACCUGUCAGCGUAACACAAUACAGUUCAACAGCACCACAAACUGCAGCCUGCAAAAUGAUCAACAGUUUCAACAAAAACUGAACACUGAAACCUUCAAGAAGGGAGGAAUUAUUGCAGGGUUGUUUUCAAUAGACGGCAUUAGUUUUAGCUAGGUGUACCUAAUAAACUGGCAGCCUUUAGAGUUAAAAAUGACACCAAAUGACAUGUUAGGUGCUCAGUACCUUACCAAUGUACAUCAAUGGACAACAAUACCUUUAAUGUUGCAAACUAUAACAAACACUUUACAACAACACACCUGCAAUUUGUCUCUGAGUUACAAAUUACUGUACCACUAUUAUUAUUACUAAAGUCCGCAACACCUCUUCACAUACUUUUAUCCUCCCACCUGUUAGGUAUAGUACCACCUUUGCUCCAUAUUAAAAUCAGAGAAAACCCAGGUGUUUCCCAAUAAUCAUGUAAAUCAGAGGGAGGAAACAAAACCAACAGCUGCAGUAAGAGGCGGAGCAACACUGGAAAGAGGAGAGCUUCAACGUCACACUCCAGAAAUGAAAGUAAAGUUUGUCAGAGUGGCAGCCACGCAGCAGUCGAGACAAGUCUCUGUUUCUCUCUAAAAGAAAAUUCAAACUGAGUUCAUCAGGUCUUUCUCAGCAACACAGCAGAGUCUCUGCCAAACACUGAUAUGGCUGCUGUGAACUAUCUGCGAUCUGAAGAUCAGUUUCUGUGCUCCAUCUGUCUGGAUGUGUUCACUGAUCCUGUCAGCAUACCAUGUGGACACAACUUCUGCAAAAACUGCAUCAAUGAACACUGGGAUACUAACGACCGGUACUGGUGUCCGAUGUGUAAAAAGGUUUUCUACACAAGACCUGAGCUGCACGUCAACACUUUCAUCUCUGACAUGGUCGCUCAGUUCAGACAGUCAGCUCAACAGGAAGCCAGCAGCAGCAGCUCAGAGACACAAGUGUCCAAACCUGGAGAAGUUCCCUGUGACGUCUGCACUGGAACCAAACUGAAGGCCCUGAAGUCCUGCCUGGUGUGUCUGGCCUCCUACUGUGAGACUCACCUGGAGCCUCAUCUGACAGCAUCACGUCUGAAAAGACAUCAGCUGAUCGACCCUGUGGAGAACCUGGAAGACAGGAUGUGUACGAAGCACGAUAAACCUCUGGAGCUGUUCUGUAAGACCGACCAGACAUGUGUCUGCAUGCUCUGCCCUGUUUUAGACCACAAGACACAUGAGUUUGUUCCUCUGAAGGAAGAAUAUGAAGGGAAGAAGGCCGAGCUGGGGAAGACAGAGGGUGUACUUCAGCAGAUGAUCCAGAAGAGACGACUGAAGAUUCAGGAGACCAAAUGCUCGGUUUACAUCGGUAAGGAAGAUGCAGAAAGAGAGAUCGCAGAAGGUGUUCAGGUCUUCACUUCUCUGAAGGAGUCUGUUGAGAGAAGCCAGGCCAAUCUCAUCCACACAAUCAAAGAGAAGCAGAAAACAACAGAGAAACAGGCCAAAGCUUUCAUCAAAGAGCUGGAACAGGAAAUCUCUGAGCUGAUGAAGAGAAGGACUGAGGUGGAGCAGCUCUCACGCUCUCAAGACCACCUCCAUCUUCUCCAGAGUGUCCAGUCCCUAAACACCCACCACCAACCACCCACCAAGGACUGGACAGAGGUCAGCGUCCCUCCACCAUCAUAUGAGGGGUCUGUGGUGAGAGCUGUGGCUCAGCUGGAGGAGACACUCAGUAAACAGAUGAAGAAGCUGCUUGAAGCAGAGCUGAAGAGGGUCCAGCAGUAUGCAGUGGAUGUGACUCUUGAUCCUGAUACAGCAAAUCCUGAUCUCAUCCUGUCUGAUGAUGGGAAAAAAGUGAAUCAUGGUGAUGUAAAGAAGAAUCUUCCAGACAACCCAGAGAGAUUUUCUACCGGUCUCUGUGUUUUAGGAAAGCAGAGUUUCUCUUUAGGCAGAUUUUACUUUGAGGUUCAGGUUAAAGUUAAGACUAAAUGGAUUUUAGGAGUGUGCAGAGAGUCGAUCAACAGGAAGGGAGACAUCACACUGAGACCUGAGGAUGGUUACUGGACUAUUGGGUUGAGAAAUGGAAAUAAGUACAAAGCUCUUAAUGACCCUCCAGUCUGUCUCUCUCUGAAGUCUCAGCCUCAGAAGGUGGGGGUGUUUGUGGAUUAUGAGGAGGGUCUGGUCUCAUUCUAUGACGUAGAAGCUGCAGCUCUUAUCUGCUGCUUUACUGGCUGCUCCUUCACUGAGAAACUCUUCCCAUACUUCUGUCCCUAUCUUAAUGAUGAUGGUAAAAACUCUGCACCUCUGAUCAUCUCUCCUUUCAGAGUAAACUAAUCACUUAUCUUACUUCAUGUAUUGAUUUCUUUCUAUUCAAGGGAACAAAUGUACAUAUUUAGAGCUUACUGUGGUGAUUGAUUUACACUUCAUUGUUAAGAUUUUUUAUUAUAUGUAUCCCAUUAUAUCGGCAACACAUUCAUUUGGUGCAGUCAUCUCUUCAACCCUGCAUCAUAACACACUUUAUGUGGAGAAUAUCUCUAAAACCCACAAACAGUUAUUUUAAGAAAUCAUUGUUUCUAAAGACACUAAAUAUGUCAAGAUGAAUUUUAAGUAAUUGUGUAAAAAAAAAUGCUGCAAAAUAUCUCGAUUUUUUCUUUUUCUGUUUGAUGUGCAGCCACAGAAAACAUAUUGAUGAAUAUUUAAUUGUGUCAUAAAGCAUAACUUGAGAGUAAGGCCUUUCACAUGUCUAUAGUGUCUACAGAAUACAGUUUGUAGCAUAAAAAGUUAAUGGACAAAGUUAAUUAAUAGAAUGGAUGCUAAUGUCAUUUUCUAUGAAAAGUGGUUUGGUUAAUUGCUGGUAAAAUGGAUUAUGAAAUGGAUUAAGAAAUCUGUAAAUAUCUGAUUGUAAAAUAAAAACUGUAAAAUAAACUAGUUGUUAAACACAA